GUCGCGGUUUUCACUUGGUUAUAAAACGAAUAGAUCUACUGGGCACCGAGUGAUUACAGUCGUUUCGACCCAAGCGAGUGUCGUCCCAAGUCUUUUCGCCCCAUCCCUUCGGUUUGCGGACUUGAAAGAUGUCGACACUGAACAAUAUGGCAGAUAUUACACUGGUAGCCACAGAUCAUAAUUAUUUUAAUUUCGUAGAUGCAAAUACCACACAGCAAAUUCAGGAUGAUAUCAGUGUAGUCAAAACUUCGUCACAGACUGAGUACUCAGAAAAUCCUGAUGCUGUUGUAGGAGUUGAUACAGUAUCACAGACACAGACAAAAAAUCAAGAUGGUGACAAUGAUGAUGCAGUGGAUUUUGAAAAUCAUGUUACAACACUGGCUAUUGAUGAAGUCACAACAGUCGUUGCCUGUUAUAGGAAUAGCUUUGCAACCGAUACAGUUUUGAAACCAGGAGCUGAAGUUGAUGCAGAUACACAGAACCCUUCCAUAGAGAUAGAUUAUGCGGAGCAAAAUGGCGAUGAUGUCAUGCAGCACAAUCAUCUGUUAGACUCCGAGACACCACUUGAGGAAGAGGACGAGAAUGAUGCUGAAGAAGUUAGCAGUGCUUUCGACCUGUUAAGGCAAGCAGCACUGGCAGAAGAAAAGAAAAAUUCCAAGAACAGGACCAGAAAGAAGAUCUCCAAAAGUUUUGAGUACAAAUGUGACGAGUGCGACAGCGAAACGUAUCCCAGCCUCAUGCAUCUAAAGCUGCACCUCCUCACCCACACCGGGGAAACCCCGUUCAGAUGUCACCUGUGUAGUGAGCGCUACUCCACGUCCUCCGAACUCGGGCAACACGUUCUAGGCCACGUGGAAAGGACACCAUUUCAGUGCGCCAUCUGCUCGGAUUCGUUCGCAACUGCCGGCGAGCUUGUGCAACAUGUCACCAAACACAGACGACAAAAAUCUGAUAAAAGUUGAUUUGCAAAUAGAUAUAACAUGAUAACUUUAUCAUUAAGAUGUCUUCCCAUGGAUCGACACCUACUAAUUCCUCGCGGAAAACUCAGAAUAAUAUGACACUAGUUAAAUAUGAAGAAGAGACUGAUCAUCCUCAACAAACUUGGAAUGAUAUAACACUAAUUAAAUGUGAAGAAGAGAUUGGUCAGACACAAGACACUCAGAAUGAUACAACGCUAGUUAACUAUGAAGAAGAGAUUUAUCAGCUGCAAAAAACUGAGAAUGAUAUAACACUAGUUAAAUGUACAGCAGACAUUUAUCAACCACAACAAACUCAGAAUGAUAUAACACUAGCUAACUAUGGAGCAGAGAUUUAUCAACCACAACAAACUCAGGAGGAUGUAUUACUAUAUACGACAGAUCAUCCUCAUCAAACUCGGGAUAAGGCCAUCCAGACUCAGAUGAGUACUACACAAUCCUCAACCCAGACAGAUGUAUCACUGGUGUUUGAUCAGUCCCUGUCAUUGAAAACUGUAAAUCUGGACGAAAUGCAACCUGAGGUGUGCCAGCUGAUUACAAAUCAGAAUAUUUUGAUACAACAGCUGCAGCAGCAUCAUAGCAAGAUGUGUCCAUGUCUUCAACCCACCCAGUCUUCCAAGUGCAACAGUUCUGUUAAGAGUUUACCCACAAGCAAGAACUGUGAUGUGGAUGUGAGUCCAAGUCCUUCAUCUCCACAGUUUGCAAACCAUCAGCCAUCAGGACAGGCCAGAUAUAAAGUGUUAUCAGUUAAAACAAGAAAUGUUAGAUCAGAUCAGAAUAAAAUUCAAUGCACUUUAAAAUCAGGAUUGGCAAAAAGUGAGUUGACCUCAGAUUCACCAAACAAUUUCAGGUCAACAAAGGCCGACGUUAAAAUCUCAUCAAGACCAAAAAAGGACAACUGCAACAAACUGGCAUUCCAGAACAGUCCACAUAGAUUAACAUUUUCUGAAGUAGAUAUCUCUUACAUUAACCAGGCAGGCCUAGACAGAGUGAGUUGUGACAUUAAUCAGUCAGACACUGAAAUAGAUGGCCAUAACAUUCAUCUGGAAGACUAUGAUGUAGUUAUGUCUGACAUUAACCAGGUAGAUAUUGAAAGAGAGACUUAUGACAUUGAUCAGCCAGUCAUUGAAGUAGAUAGCUAUGCCAUUAAACAGGUAGAUCUUGAAAGGGAGACUUGUGACAUUGAUCAGCCAGACAUUGAAGUAGAUAGCUAUGACAUUAACCAGGUAAAUCUUGAAAGAGCGACGUUUGACAUUGAUCAGCAAGUCAUUGAAGUAGAUAGAUACAGCAUUAACCAGGUAGAUGUUGAAAGAGAGACUCGUGACAUUGAUCAGCCAGUCAUUGACGUACAUAGCUAUGGCAUUGAGCAGACAGAUACAGAAGCAAACAGCUGUGACAUCAGUCAAUCGGACAAAAAAGGAAAUGAUCCUGACAUUAACCAGACACGUGGGGAAGCAGAUACUAACAUUUUGCAAGGAAUCGGAGAACCUGAUGCCAAUGACGUUAAACAAGCAGAAGUAGGAGACAUUAAGACUGCAUACGAUUACAGUGUGGAGAAGCCAUUUAUGUGCAAGAUAUGUGCAGAACGUUUCUCAAACAUUGAGCAUCUUCAAAGACAUAUCAUUGCCCAUGUACAAACCUCUAAUGUACAGUAUCUCGAAAGAUAUAUUUCUGCCUAUGUUGGGGAUGCUCCAUUCGAGUGUGAUAUUUGUAAAAGGCAUUAUGCAACUACUAUUCUGCUUGAGAGAGAUGUUGCAGGACAUCUUCGCAGAAAAGCAACUACCUGCAGGUUAUGUUCAGCAUCAUUUGUAUGUGACAAGACUCUACAGGCACAUAAGCGAAUCCAUUGUGAUGUCAGAUCGUUUGAAUGUCCAGUUUGUCACGAAUGCUUUAAGUCGAAACAUUACUUGAAAAACCAUGAAUUGAAUCAUUCAGAUGAAACAAGUUUCAAGUGUGAAGUUUGUGACAAGCACUUUAAAACGAUUGCUUCUUAUAGAAAACAUUUGGUCAUUCAUUCUGAUAAGAAAAAUCGUUACAAGUGUGGUCUGUGCUCUAAAACUUAUGAUAAUAAAGCAAAUUUCAAACUACAUCAAACGGUGCAUCACUUAAAUGUGAAAUUCCAGUGUGAUCUUUGUCACAAAAUUUUCCAAGCACCCUAUUAUCUAAAGAGGCACAUCAGAUAUUUUCAUACAAAUGAAAAGCCUUUUAAAUGUGAAGUUUGUUCAAGAGCUUUUAAGAUAGCUGCCUCGUUAAGAUGUCAUAUGCAGGUUCACAAUAAGCCUGAUAUGAAAUGUGAAGUCUGCUCAAAACAUUUUAAGUUAGCUAAAGUGUUUGAGCGGCAUAAGCUGGUUCACAAUGCUGAAGGUGGAAAGUAUUUUCAGUGUGACCAAUGUCCUAAAAGCUAUGAUACAAGACAUAGUCUCAAGGCACACCAGUCGGUGAUUCAUUUAAAGGUGAAUUAUACAUGUGAUGUUUGUUCAAAAUCCUUCACAUCAUUAUAUUACAUGAGGAAUCACAGAACCAUCCAUUUCGAUGAAGUAAAGAUUGUCUGUGAUAUCUGUUCUAAGAGAUUUAUUAGCAAAUCAGCUUUGCGACAACAUAUGUCUUACCAUUCCAGUCAGAGAUUCAAAUGUCAGGAGUGCACAAAGACUUACAAGUCGAAGUGCGCUCUCGGGCUCCACACCAUUAUUCAUAAGACAGGAAAGCCGUACAAGUGUGAAGUCUGCUCAACAUGUUUCUUAGCGCGUUCCCAGUAUCAACAGCACUUGAACAUGCACACUGGACUAAAACCGUACACUUGCAAGAUCUGUUCCCUUGACUUUUCAAUGCGCCGUUACCUCACAACACAUAUGCAUACUCACACAGACAAAUACAAAUGCGAUGUUUGUUCCAAGUCGUUUUCCACCCGCGACAGUCUUAAUACACAUCAGUGGAUCCACACUGGGGUGAAACCAUUUUUGUGUGAAGUUUGUUCAGAUGGUUUUACGUCUUCUACGGGUCUUAAAUGUCAUAUGACGACUCAUUUGAAAGAGAAAGAGUUUUUGUGUGAAGUUUGUUCAAAGAGUUUUGUUACUGCGCGGAAUCUUAAAAAUCAUAUGAAGACUCAUUCGAAAGAAAAAGAGUUUUUGUGUAAAGUUUGUUCGAAGAGUUUUGUUGCUGUGCAGAAUCUUAAAAAUCAUAUGAAGACUCAUUCUAAAGAAAAAGAGUUUUUGUGUAAAGUUUGUUCGAAGAGUUUUGUUGCUGCGCAGAAUCUUAAAAAUCAUAUGAAGACUCAUUCUAAAGAAAAAGAAUUUUUGUGUAAAGUUUGUUCGAAGAGUUUUGUUGAUUCUAAGAAUCUUAAAUCUCAUAUGAAAACUCAUCGUACAGUGAAAGAGUUUUCAUGAGAAGUUUGUUCGAAGCGUUGUGUUAGUGCAAAUGGUCUUAAAUGUCAUAUGAAAAUUCAUGAGAAGUGAAGCAGUAAUUAUCAUAUUGGUUUAUUGUGUUUUGCCUCCUUGGAAUAGAUAUGAAACUUCAUUCUAAACAUUUCAUUUGUAAAGUUGUAGUUUGUUUCAUUGUAAAUGCAAAAAUGUUUGGUGUGAAGUCAACUCGAAGUGGUUUUAGUCUUGCUACACCUUAAAUUCCAUGGAAGUCAUGAGAAGAAAUCCUUUGGAUGUGAUAUCCUAAAAUGUUGUUGUUGGGUUGUUUUUUUAUUCCACAACCGUGUACUUUAAAAAAAAAACCCAAACAAAACAAAUUGGCAGUCCUUCCACGUAUUAAGGUUUUCAAAAGUUUAAAGUGGCUAUAUACAUGUAUGUCAUUCAUUCAGAAGUAAAGUGUUAAAUGUAAAA